AUGUCCAGCCUUCCCCACACCACCCUAGCCCUCCCUCCCCACCCGAACCCGUACCCUAACACACCCGCAACCCUCUCCACCGCCGUAUCCUCCGCCAGAAGCCUCACCCACCUCAAACAAGUCCACGCUCAAAUCCUAAAAUCCAACCUCGACCGCCCCGACUCCCUCCUUUACAAUCUCCUCCUCUCCUCCUGCACCCUCUCGCCGAGCCUCCACUACCCUCUUUCCAUCUUCAACCAAAUCCCCAAACCCCAAAUCCAUAUGUGCAACAAGCUCCUGCGCGAGUUCUCACGAUGCGCUGAGCCCGAUAAGGCCCUUUUGGUGUAUGAGAGGAUGAGGAGGGAGGAUGUGGGGGUGGACAGGUUCAGCAUUCCGCCGCUGCUGAAGGCGGUGGCCAGAGCUUCGGCUUUGAGUGAAGGGAUGGAGAUUCACGGUGUAGCUUGGAAGUUGGGUUUUCAUUCGGACCCGUUUGUGGAGACCGGGUUGGUCAGAAUGUAUGCCGCUUGUGGGAGGAUCAUGGAUGCACGGUUGAUGUUUGAUAAAAUGUCUCGCAGAGAUGUGGUUGCCUGGAGUAUUAUGAUUAACGGGUACUGUCAGAGUGGCCAUUUCGACACCGCAUUCCGCCUGUUUGAAGAGAUGAAGAACUCUAAUGCGGAGCCAGAUCCAGAUGAGAUGAUACUUUCUGCCAUUCUUUCAGCUUGUGGUCAUGCUGGAAAGUUGGCUUAUGGGAAAGCAAUCCAUGACUUCAUUAUGGAGAAUGAUAUUGUGGUUGACUCUCAUUUACAGAGUGCACUUAUCGCCAUGUAUGCAGGUAGUGGCUCUAUGGACUUGGCUCAGCAGUUGUUUGACAAGACAUCACAAAAAAAUUUUGUAGUUGCAACCGCAAUGGUUUCUGGGUAUUCAAAACUGGGACGGGUUGAAGAUGCACGUUUGAUUUUUGACCAAAUUGUUGAGAAGGACUUGGUCUGCUGGAGCGCCAUGAUAUCUGGUUAUGCAGAAAGUGAUCAACCUCAAGAGGCUCUUAGAUUGUUUGCUGAAAUGGAAGCUUCGGGGUUAAGACCUGAUCCAGUGACCAUGUUGAGUGUCAUUUCAGCUUGCGGUCAUCUUGGUGCACUGGAUCAAGCUAAGUGGGUUCAUUUAUAUGUUGACAAGAAUGGAUUUGGCAGAGUUUUGUCUGUCAACAAUGCGCUGAUUGAUAUGUAUGCCAAAUGCGGGAACCUGGAAAAAGCAACAGAGGUGUUUGAGAACAUGAGAAGAAGAAAUGUGAUCUGGACCACUAUGAUUAGCGCCUUUGCGAUACAUGGGGAGGCUAGUAAUGCACUAAACUUCUUCAAUCAAAUGAAAGAUGAAAAUUUUGAGCCAAAUGGGGUUACAUUUGUGGGCGUGCUUUAUGCUUGUAGCCAUAUGGGGUUAGUUGAGGAGGGUAGAAGAGUCUUUGAAUCGAUGAUUGAUGAAUACAACAUCACUCCGAAACAUGAGCACUAUGGAUGCAUGGUUGACCUCUUUGGUCGUGCCGGUCUUUUGAGAGAAGCUCUUGAGGUUAUAGAGGCAAUGCCCUUUGCACCGAAUGUUGUCAUUUGGGGAUCUUUGAUGGCUGCUUGUCAGAUUCAUGGUGAGACUGAAUUAGGAGAAUAUGCUGCAAGACAGCUUCUUGAGCUGGAACCAGACCAUGAUGGAGCCCUUGUGGCGUUAUCAAACAUUUACGCAAAACAAGGAAGAUGGGAAGAUGUUGGCAUUGUGAGGAAAACAAUGAAAAGCAGUGGUAUAUCUAAGGAGAGGGGGUAUAGCAGGAUAGAACUAAACAACGAGGUACACGAGUUUUUAAUGGCAGAUAGAAAUCAUAAACAAGCAGAUCAGAUCUAUGAAAAAUUAGACGAGGUAGUUAGUGAGGUGAAGCGGGUUGGUUAUACUCCCAACACGAGUUGCGUUUUGUUUGAUUUAGAAGAGGAAGAAAAGAAGGAAGCGAUUCUCUUGCACAGUGAGAAGUUGGCUCUUUCUUACGGUUUGAUAAGUAAGAAGCAAGGUUCAAGCAUUCACAUAGUUAAGAAUCUCCGGAUUUGCGAAGACUGCCAUACUUUCAUGAAGUUGGCUUCAAAGGUGUAUGAGAGAGAGAUUAUUGUCAGAGAUAGGACUAGGUUUCAUCACUACAAACAUGGUUUAUGCUCUUGUAACGACUAUUGGUAACUGUAUUCUGUCUGAGAUUAAAUAUCAUUGUACAACUAUUUAUUAAAAUGUGGAUACGAAAUUAUUCGCUGAAACAAAUCAAUAUAGGUAUUAGAAAAUAAAUAAUAUGAUUACUUUUCAGUUGAUUAA